AUGUUUGGAACACCAUCAGAAAUCCAUGUUAAAAUAGCAAUUGUCAUCUAUCGAGACUGUCGGGAUCCGCUGACUUGCUCCAUCACGAGAAAACUCUGCCCAAGUAUCGUGGAUAUCGCAAUCACCAGCUACCUCUAUUGGAGAAGCACCGUCGACAUCAUCUUCCAGAUCAGAACAGGACAGGCACCCUCGACGAAUGCGGCUUUUUCGCCUAUUCCAGCAUGCAGAGCUUAUCAACCGUAUCAUCGUGAAUAUCACUUCACACUUCAUGCAUUGACCUCGAUUCGAAUGUACUAUCUGCAAGUGUCACUGAUCGCAGCUGAACAUGGUCAUCCGUUGCUUCAGUCGGUGUUUCACAGCGAAUGGUUCUGGGGAACUCGUAGUCGUACGCCAUUUAUACGUUCUCAAGAGCUACAUGGCCGUCCGGUCUUACCUAUUCUUGCUUGA